AUGUCCGAACCUACCCCCGCUGGAGCUGCCCUGAGCAAUGGCUCUGAGAGCACCAGCACACCAAAUGUCAAUAAUGGAGACAACGCGUCAGGGCUCUUUGAAACCCUGCAAAGCCAUGUCGACGAUAUCCGUUCUCUCCUUCAAUGCGGCGUUUGCAUCCGACCACUUUAUGAACCCUACACCCUUGCCUGCGGACAUACCUUUUGUUAUAGUUGUUUAACAUCAUGGUUUGUCGGUGGGAGGCACAACAAGACAUGCCCGGACUGUCGAGCACCGGUAAAAGCGCAACCUGCUCCCGCAUACUUGGUCCGCGCUGUUGUUCAAAUGUUCACAAGUCGCCCGGAGCUGCUUGAUAAGGGCGAGACCACAGUCGAACACCUAAAUCAUCAACGCGAGGAAGCGGAACGACUGGAAAAAGACAAAACAAAUACACACCCGCGGGAGGGGGGACUAUUCCGUGGUACGUUCAACAAGAAGAUUCCAGUCGCGCAGCCUAUCGUGGACCUUGAGGACAAUGUUGUGCGUUGUCCACGUUGUUCGUGGGAGCUAGAGGAAGAUGAAGGGUGUGCACAGUGCGGAUAUCGACAAGAUGACGAGUCUGUGACUGGCAGUUCGGGCUGGAGUGAGUCAGACGAAAAUUCCGAAAUGACGGACUACUUGGACGAGGAUGAUGAGAUUGAAGAUGGAUUUGGAGAUGCGGACGAAUAUGGUUGGGACCCCAACCAUGACCACUUGCCCCUUGAUAUACAACCUGCCGACAUAGAUCAACUUUAUCGUCAAUGGUAUGGCCUAGCUCCUGGCGACCUUCCGGGUAUGCGUGCAAAUGGGCCUUUCCGCCGGCAGAACCAUUAUGACUGGCCUUCUGGAAUCUCGUCAGCUCACGAGGAAGAUAGCGACAUGGAUGAGGAGGAUGAGGAUGCGGACAUGGAUUCGUUCAUCGACGAUGACUUAGAACACGAUGAUUAUUCCGAAUCUGACCGAUCCACGGUAGUUGGGCGGCAUGAGAUCUCGAUCACCCACACUAUCGGAACUGACCUGUCAACCUUUGAUGAGAUGUCUGAGGAAAGCCUGGACGAGGAGAGCCUGGAUGAUGAAAGUCAUGAUGACGAAGACGAUGAUGAUGACGACGACGAUGAGGAUCCGAUUCUGCCGCCUGCAGGUGGCAUGCGGCGCAAUCGCAUCCAAACAUACCGAAUACAGUCGAGUUCUCCAUCUUGCGAGAAUGGGACUUCUGGUACAGUCUCAGGACGCAGUGAAUCCAGAUCCCAAGCAGGAUCCCGCAAUGAUCGACGGCUCCCACAGCAAGUGUCCGCCGGGUCUACUGUUAUGGAUGCAAUCAGCGUGGAUGACGAUUCUGACGAAGGCCCCGUGCGACCAACUAGGCGGACAAGAGACAGGGGCCAUCGCCGCCCCUCAGCCUACUAA